GCAUCAGGCGAGGGAGCGCGCUGCUGUGAAUUUUAAUGCUUCUACCGGGGAAUCCCUCCCGCCUCCUCUUUUUGGAUGAGAUCCUCGAGGAAAGACCCAGAACACAGCGAGGAGGAGGAGGAGAGGGACGGCACUGGGGGGAGCGGCCGGGCGAGGGGGGCCGGCAGCCGCGGGCUGCAGUUCGGGAAGGUGGCGAGGCCGACGCCGAGGCGGGCAGAGGGGCGGGUGGGGAGCGCGGAGCCAUGGGGGAGGAAGGAUGACUCGGGGCGUGUUUCUCUGCCUGACCCCGGCGCGGCAGCAGCAGCAGCAGCAGGAGCCGGAGAGCCGCGGUCCCGCGGCCACAUGCACCCGCCGGCACCCCCCGGGACCGGCCGCGACGGGGACGACAGCGAGGUGAUCCCGCUGCUGCCGGGUCCCGGCGAGAGGCAGAACCCGCGGCUCGGCAGCUAGAUCGCCUCGCCAUCCGCAUCCCCGAGAGGAGGAGGAGGAGGGAGCUAGGCGGCGAGCCCCGGGUGGUGAGCCGGCCGCCGCCGGCACAGCCGCCGCUCCCCCCCCCCCCCCGCCUCACCCCACGCACCCCUCCAUGGAUAAAGCGGGCUCGCUGCACACCUCGGUGCCCACGCCGCCGCCCCGGCUCUACCUGCCGCGCAACUUCAGCUGCAGCGCUUGCCUGUAUGGCAGCCUGGCCGAGCAGUGCAAGGGGGGCUGCAGCCCCGACGGCGACGCCGCCGCCCCCCCGCCGCCCGUGGUGCGGGAAGCGGCGGGCGACAAGCCUCCGCCGUCCCGCGGCCGGGAGCCCACGCUGCCCGCCGUGCCCCCCAGCCCCACGCAGCGCCGCCGCGCCAAAUCGCUGCCCACGCCCGGCGACCGCAGCCUGCGCCCGGCGCUGCAGCAGAGCCCGUCCCGCCGCAAGACCGUGCGGUUCGCCGACUCCCUCGGCCUGGAGCUCACCUCCGUGCGCCACUUCUGCGAAGCCGACCUGCCGCAGGUUCCGCCGCCACGCACCGCCGACCGCUUCAAGACCAGAAAACCGCCGGCGCUGGGCGACCUGGAGCCGGUGCUGUUCGGGCCGCCGCCGCCGCUGUUGGAGCCGCUCUUCCCGCCGCAGCCCGGCUCCAGCCCCGGCUUCGCGGAGCGGGUGCGGCAGCACAAGGUGAGGCUGGAGUGGGUGCGGGCCGAGCCGGCGGGGCUCCGCGGGGCCGUGCGCGUCCUCAACCUGGCCUACGAGAAGGCCGUGUCGGUGCGCUACACGCUCAACGGCUGGGCCAGCUGCGCCGAGGUGCCCGCCGCCUACCAGCCGCCCGGCCCGGCGGACGGCCUCACCGACCGCUUCGCCUUCCUCCUGCCCUUGGUCGCCGCCUCCGAGGCCGAGCUGGAGUUCGCCGUCCGCUACCGCGUCGCCGGCGCCGAGUAUUGGGACAACAACGAAGGCGCGAACUAUCGGCUGCGGGGCCGGCAGCGCGUCCCGCCCGCCGCUGGUCCCCCGCAGGACCCCGACAGCACCGCCUGGAUCCACUUCAUCUGAGGGGGUGCGGGGGCUGCCUCAGCGCCGAAGGGAGCGCGGAGCCCCGCGGAAGGGAAGGGCGGGCCGGUCCUGCCCCCGCUGAGGGGAGCAGGUCCUGCCCCCGCUGAGGGGAGCAGGACCCUCACCGCGGGGCUCGGCGCCCCUCCGGCACAGUGCAGGCCUCGCCUCCAGCCGCUUCCCUGUAAGCCGCCUGAAGGUAUUUCCCUGAAUUCUGUUUACAAAUGGAUAAUUUAUAUUUUUUAUUUCACUACUGAUGUCGAGGGGGAAACCUUGCAGGCUACCACGGGGGUUGUCGGCAGGGAGGCCCGGUGUGCGGCCGACGUGCGUUUCCCGCCUCAGUCUCCCCGUGGCUCCCGCCAAAGCACCUGCCCAGCCCGGCCCUGCGGCGAGGGGCCGCGGGGCCUUGGCAGAAUUUACUGGUCAGGACCAGAAUCCGCAGGGGCAAACAGAUGCUCCCGGGUGCCGGAGGUCAGGAUCAACUGCUGUCACCUCUGCAGGGUCAGGCCCUGGAAACACGGAGGGCACCUGGCCAGCCGUCCUGUUUGCCUCAUCCUGCUUAAGCGGAGCCCGCUCUGGCGAGGUGCUGCAUCCCUCUUCACACCCUCACUCACCCACUCCUGUUAAUUACCCUGCGGGGUUGAGGGCCUGAUAGGACAAGGUUAAGGGACAGAUUACCGUUUUGAACCCAAAAAGACAACAAUACAGAUGCCCCCGGUGUAGCUGUGCUUCAUCAUGCUGUAAAAAAUGAUUAAUCGGUCAAAACAAAGGUAGACGUAUUUAAAUUUUGAACCCAGUUUCAUGUGUUUAAACAUAUUUAGAAAAGAAAACUAACAUCACCUGCUAAUGAAAUGCAACCCACUGAAGGAUUUUUUUAAAAAGCAAGUAUUUUGUUUUAAAAUUCACGUGGCAUGUUGUUGCAACGGUUUGUCAGGAUCUGAUGUUUGUUUCAGUAGGGUUGGUCCCAUAAAGCUGCUUGUGUUCAGGUCAGCUGGAAAGUCAUGGCAUUGCACCAAAGGAACUAGAGGUGGCAAGACUUGAAUCCAUAAUUCUAGUCUGCAUCCCAAGCAAUGUUUUAAUUUUUAUUCUUAUUAAUAGUUUAAUGUAAUUUCUUAUGCUAAAGUAUCAGUGCAGGAGCCUGCUUUCUGAAAAACAAAAUGCUCCAAAUUUUUCAUACUACUUUCAGUAAGUGACAGAUUUCACAAAACUGGUAAAAUUUAGUUGGACAAGUUGAAGGAAUUCAUCUUGCCAUAUAAAAAUAUAUCAGUAAACAUGACAGAGCAUGCUGACUUCUGCAUUCAAAGGCAUGUUUUAAAUUGUAUUAGCAGUAAACACAGUCUUUUUAAACUGUUCAGGACUUCAGUUGAAUAUAGGUUGCGCUGGUGCCAAAUCUGGGUGCUAAUUUCCCAGGAUUCAGGCAUGUAUGGAUUUGCAGGAGAGUUCCCUCUCCUGCAAAUAUGACUUCUGAGACUGCUAAAACUAAUGUCAGCGUGAUCUUCUGAUGAUGAAAGGCUGUAAGAUCAGGUCUUUAAUGUUUUCAAUCUUCUGUAGAUUGUUUAGGAGUGAAAUGUGAUUUUUUUUUUUUUUUUUUUUAACUGCAUUUUUGUGUUCCUUGAAAUGGUCAAGUGUCCCAAACAGCUCGGGUGAUGUGAAGGUCUCACAGAACCUUUUGACACACUUUUUCCCCUGAGACUCUAGUUCAGUCAGAAUAAUUAAACUGUUAAAUUCUGGGGGAGAAAAAAAAAAAAAAAAAAAAAAGCCUGUAAACCUGAUAGGAAAAGAGUAUUUAAUUUAAUUUCUCUAGAUCAUUGUUUCUGCUUAAUAGAAAAUAAUAGCAAGACUACCUUCUGCAGUAUUCAUAACUUGAUUUUAAUUUCCCAGUCACUUUUCUAAUCCCUUUUUUUUACUAGAAGCAGAAUAUAGAAGUGUACUGUCAACUUCUGAGUAUUUAGCGUUUUAGCAUAUUAAGGCCCUGAUAUUUUAAUAAAAUAAUCCUAUAUAUUGCUAAUACACAUUUAUAAAGCUAGAACUGCGGAAGUAGGGGUCUUAAAACUUUCAUGAUUAAAGCAUAUUAAGUGGUGUAUUUGAUAAGGAAAGCCCAAGUGUCUUUUAGUUAAACUUAUUUUUUUAUAGGAGCCUUAAUACUGGAGAGAAGGAAAAGGACUUGUCUCCAUUUGAAAGCACUUUGAAAUCUGGUGGAAAUACACCAAACAUCUUUUUAUUUAUGUGUUUCUUUUUCUUGGCCUUUUUUACCCAAAUAAUGAACCAACAACUGUUCUGUAGAUUGAUGAAAACGCUUGGAGAAAAAAGUAGCUUCUAUGCAUAUUAUAUUAACUGUGUUGCGACUUUGCUUAUAAGGUUUUAACGAGAUUUCCUGUUUACUGUUUCAGUGGCUUUAGAAACAUGAGCAGUGCUAAAACCAUUUUAACAAUGAAUAACUCUAAUUCUAGAGCUUCAAAACUAUUUUCCAGUGAAUGGCAGUUUUCAUUGUCAUUUCAUUUAUUCAGCAUCUGCAGGUCUCUAAUCAUUUAAAAAUCUCCUUAUAGAAACUAUGGCUUAAACUCUUUAAAUUUGGAAUACCUAAAUGGUACCUAAAACUCUUUUGGAAUACCUAAACAUCCGUUCGUGCAUCAAGUUCACUAGCAAAUUGUUGUAUUACCUUUUUUUUUUUUUUUAAUCAUGACUUAGGUAAAAUUACUGUUGCUGUCAGUUGAAAUAUUUUCUAGGUAAAAUGGGGCUAUGAAUUUAUAAUACUGUUAAUAUAUUAUUAUUAUUCUUUUAUUUAUGACCCCAUUGGUCAAACACAAAUCUGGUUAUUAAACUUUUGAGAAUGUAGCAUACCAGAAGAAAGCUUUGCAAAACAGAAUCUCCUGAGAUGUCAAGCAGUUAAGCCUGUCCUCAACACUAAAUUUUGUGAGUAACUUUACAGGAUUGAAUUUGAUUACAGAUUGUUGAUGAUAUGUAUUCAAGUCCAGUAAAAGACAUGGGCUUCUAGAAGCAUUUAUAAACACCUACUUUUUAAAGUGUGGAAAGGUAAGGCUGUGCCCAGUCAUCUUUGACCAGAGUAUGCUAUUGAUGAAGUCUGUGGAAGAAGUUUGAGGUGUUUUAAUAGAAAUUUAUCAGUGGUAUAUGCCAAAACUUGAACAUCUUUGAUUACACAUUUUCACUUCUAUCACAUUAAUUUAUUUCCAAGCAAGAUUUAUAUAGAUUUCCAAAGCCAUGUUCAGUUACAAUGACCAUAAAUAUUUUUUUCAUUUGCAGUGUUCACGUAUGGCUUCCAAUCCCUUGGAUUUCAAUCUGAUGCUAUUUGUGGCUUGAUAGAAACAUUGUGAUAAAUGGAGAUGAAAUAAAAAUCCCAAAUAACAAUUAAAUAAUAUUUAUAGAAAUUAUGACUUUGAGGAGAAAAACCUGUAUUGAGGAAGAUAAUUUUCAAGUUGGUAGGACAGCAAUCAUUUUAAUGGGAGCAGGAGCAACAACUUUUUUAAAAAUCACAUUUCUAAAGAAUAUUGUUCCACAAAAUGAGCUUUCACAGGCAAAGUAGAAUAUUUGAAAUUUUUCAAGCCAACCUUUUUCUGGAAAAGAUGUCAGCUCUUUGUAUUUUCAUUUGCAUGAAUAGAGCCCAUGCCACUUUCCUUUCCAAGUGACACUAGAAUGGUUUAGGCAAGGCAAUAAUCCUUAGGUCAUGUACUUCACUUUGAAGUGAAUUAUUCAUUGUUUAUGUCUCUGCAGAGGUAAAAAUGUGUCUGUCAUUUAUUGUGCAAAAUUGUAGCUUUAUGAAAUGUGCCAUGUUAUUUUACGUGCAAUAUUAUGAUACUAUGUACAGUGAGUCAAAUUGUACUGUAUGUCUGAUAUACAUCGAUGUUUGCCACUUCGCACUUAAACCGGUAGAUUUUUUGCAUGUGUUUCUAUACCUUUCAUGGCAGUAUUUUGGAAAUCUACCCCAAUUAUUAAAAAUCCUAAAAGGAGUCAGAACUAUUGAGUGUAAGUGGAAUUUCGGCUAGAUAAACAUAUUACUAUUUAUUAACAUAAAAUCCGUAACUGAAACUGUUGUAUUCAUUUUCAAUAAAUGUACAUAAUUUCAGGUAAAUUAAUUUUUUUUCUCCUUUUGCCAUUUGCAAGUAGCUUUCUGAUGUGAACGUGUGUGCCACGGUAUUUCAGUAAACAACAGAAUAAGUGCAUGCUCUUUGUUUCAGCAUAUGUGAAGGGAAAAUGUAUCAUUUGAAUGAACAAAUGUCUAUUCAUGCAUAAGCAGGAUCUCUUUACAGAUACAUGGAAUGUUUUUCCAAAACACCAACAGGCAAACAUCUGCUAAUUCUGUAUUUUAUUAUAAAGUAACCUACAGAAAUACUCAGAAUCUACUUUUUAACAUAUUAUUAAAUAUAUAUUGAAAUUUUGCUGUGCCUUUCAACAUUUCCUGGGAAGAAAUCUCACAUGUUCUUUAGCUUUCUCACCAAAAGUCCAAUAAUGGCUUUGUCAUCAAAAUUAAAUUUAUACUAAAAAUAUAAUAAUCAAUUCUAAUUCCUGAUGCAUUUUCAGCUGUGCCAGAAAUCUGUAGCAGCCAGAAGAAUUUGAUAAUAUUUUCCCAUAUUACAGUGAAAGAAACAACAGUCAGAAAUAUGUCUUCCCGGCACACCUCUACAAUUAUGUGGUUAAGGAAAAAAAAAACAGCUAUGACUAUUGUUAAUAUAACAAAAUAUAUUUAUGGUAUAUAUUCACCUCUUACACAGAUAUUCUAAAUAUAUAUACUAUCUGAAACCAGAAAUUCUAGUUUUUUAUGAAAUCUAUUUGUGGAGACACGGUCUUUUCAGCUUUUACUGUUACUUAUCUGAUCCUACCUGAUGAUAAUGUUAAAACUUCGGAAUGGAUUUAAUCUGUCUGCACAGUUUGUAUCACGAAAUAAAAGUGCUCACUGUAAGGUAUAUCUGGAAAAAAUUACUUUUACCUUCCAAUUAUAUUGCAUGGCUUUCUGGCAAAUUAUCAGUAAUUCUGUUUUCUGUAUGCACUUCAUGUGUACAUGUUCUCAGUAUAUGAAAGGAUUACUUAAUGAAAUUAAAAUAUUUUUGAGCACUGAAAUUAAGGUUUUUCAAACAUAAAUAGUUUAAAGUAGAAAAUAGAGUCAAUUUUUAUGUAAAAUAAAAAACCCUAGCCUUAUAUAGAGCUGAUCAGUAUUUUUUUUAAAUAGAAGAUAGUGACAGUUUUCAAAAUGAAACAUGUUCAGGGAAACAUACCUGUUUCAAUAGGAAAGUUUUCUCGGUUCAGCUUAUAGGAGAGAAUUGCCCUAAAAUAGUGAAGUGGUAAGGGUACUUCCUUAAAUCAGUAUAUGGACUUGAAAGUAGGUCUUCCAUGAUCCAAGUGAAUACUGAGCUAUAAAAACAUUGGCUAUUGGUUGGGCUCUUUCUUUAUCUAACUUAUAAAUACAAUUUUUAACUUAUUUUAGAGACAAUUCUUGACCCUGGAUUUCCCCAUCUUGUAUGACUAUCCUGUUCAUUCAGCUACCCUGGCUUUUGUUUGAGCUUUCUGUUGAGACAGGUUUGAUUUUAUUUUUAUGUAACAUAGGAAGAUAAUUACAUUAUAUGUUGGGGGUGAAGGCAGAGGAAAACUCUUUUCCUUUCAAUUUUAGUUUUUUUUUAAUAUUAAACAAUAGCAUGCAGAAUAAAAAUGUGCUUGAAAUAAUACAUGCACUAGCAAUUCCAAAGAAUAUAGCUAAGAAAAAUGUCAAAUGUGAGAUGUGAUUUUUCUAAAAACAUAUGUGCUUUGAAUUAGUAAGGCAGGGAGAAAGUCCUAGUCUCCAGUGCAAAUGUAUUAAUACCAGGGAUUUCCUUCUAUGCAAUAUUAUGGUGCACCUGGUUUUUUAGCUAUUGACUUGAUUGGUGUAGUUGAUGUAUUGGUGUGUUGUGUAUAGAAUAUUCUGUUACAAGUGUCACUGAGGAAACUGUAUGUCUUAAACACUGUUAUAUCUUUAGGUUCUUUUAUGUUCAAUCUGACUUCACUCAGUCAUAAUCAUACUCUGUUGAAUAACAGUAACAAGACAAUAUUUCAUAAAAUCAUGUAAGGGAGUAUCAUGCAUUAUACUUUUUAUCACCUUCUAGGACAAAAAGUUGUGUUAUUGUUGUGAGUUUUAAAAUUUUUAUAUUUAUGUAUCUUAAAAUUAAGCCAAAUUGUAUUAUACUUUUAAACUCAGAGAGCUAAUAUGUAUGUUUUUAAAGCUGAUCAAAAGUAGUAAAACUAAAAUUGGUUGGGAUUACUCGUAAGUCUAGUUUCUAAACUGUGGUAUAACAAAUGUUUGUGUAUAUCCUGUAACUGGCUUUACGGAGGUGCACCCUGACAUGAAGUUCAUGCAUUUUAAGUUUGAUACAAAAUAAGCUCUACCUGUGUGCAAAACCUGCCAUGAAUCCAUGUUGUAAUUCAGGAAAAUUGACUGCUGUGACAGAACAUCACUGUUCUUGGAAUGGUUUAAACAAACCUAACCCCUCCCUUACAGUGUUACACAAAUUGUUUCUCUCUGUAAUGGAGAUGCUGUCUGUUGAAGACAGUGUUCUUUAACAUGCAAGUUUUUAUUACUGUUUCUUUGAUUUACCUUGACUUUGUUUAAAAAAAAAAAAAGUAAUUGUUUCUUAACUUUGUGCUUUAGUAAAUUAGUUUUGGUUGUAGUUUCUUCUGCAAUGUUUAUAUUUCACCAAGUAAUGUUUGUUUCUGGUGUUUGUAAAAGUAAUAUCACCAAAAGUUAAAAAUCAAUGUUUUCUAAUAAUGCCUUGUAAUUUACCUAGCCUUACAGUAUUUCAGACAAUUUUCCACCAAAACUACAUCUAGUCACUGGUCACAAUUAUGAAAAAUAUAUAUUUAUAAACCUGUUGCUUCUAGCUGUCAUUAAAGAUUAAUGAUACAAA